AGCAGUAACGAUCUUGAUUGCUCCAUUUCACGACAAUUAACAGUGACAUGGCCGGAGAAGCCGUAGGCACCGGCGGUGAUAGAAUCCGACGAUGACGAAUCAAUGAAGAAGACGGCACCCAUCUCAACUCACGGAAUAUUUCAUUUCACAAACCGGGCUUUAACGAUGAGCAAUGGAAGAGUUUCUUGCAAUUGAUGGAAAGAUGCAAAGCGUCUACUUCAGAUGAAAAAUUAGCCGCUAUGGAAAAAAAAAUUUCUUGGCUCCUGGACUCGGGAGCAUCAUACCACAUGACAGGCCAUUCAAAACUGUUGAGAGCAAAGAUAAAUGUGGCACCUGUUCCAGUCAUACUGCCUAAUGGUGAAAUAACCCAUGCAACAAUCAUGGGAGAUGUUUGGUUGAGUUCACGGGUGGGUACAAAGGAGAUGGAGCAUCACAUCCUUAUUACUCAAAUUGAUGACUCAUCACCCACAAAUGAAGGACCUCCCACGCGGCAGGAAGUCAAUUCCUCCACUGAUCGUGGGAAUCUUUCCAGCGAACAAACGCAGCCACCGGAGGAAGUCCAUGCACUCAAUCCCACUACAGGUGACACUUCACUUUGCAUGCCAGCAUCACAGGAAACCAGACCCAACCACAGCCGUGCCACUACACUUGCCUAACACUCCUUCAAUUGGUCGUGGACUUCGUCAACGCAAAACCCCUCGUCUGGCAUCAUGAUUAGGAAGUUCAACUCAACACCGUCAAAAUAAAUUCCCUCCCCGUCGCUCACACCUCCUCGUCGAUUGAUUCAGGUAAUCCGUAUUCCAUAUAGCAUGAUGUAAAUUAUAAUCAUUUUUCGGUGUCGCACCGAGCUUUUCUUGCAGCAAUUUCUGCUCACAAAGAGCCCUCCACUUUCCAAGAAGCGGUGCGUCAUCCAGAAUGGAGAGCUGCGAUGCAGCGGGAGAUUCAAGCAUUGGAGCGCACGAGUACAUGGAAAAUCCAAGCCUUGCCACCGGGAAAGAAGGCUAUAUAUUGCAAGUGGGUGUUCAAGAUUAAGUACAAAUGUGAUGGAUGUUGUAAUAAAUCCAUGAAUACUUUAAUCUUCAUAUUGAAAUUAUCUGGAGAAUUAACUGAGCGGAAGCGUACCUGACUCCAUGGGAGAUGAUCUUUAGGGAUCCGGGAGACGGAGGCUAGGGUUUGCGUCUUCUAGUUGAUAUACACCCUCGGGAUUAUCUCUCUAGCGAUGGGAUGCAGAAAGACGGAAUGACGCGUUCAACUAGGGACCAUAACCCCUUAUUUAUAGAGUGCUUAACCCUAAUCAGCCCAUCAUUGAUUAGGUCAAGCCCAUGGGUCUCUACACAUUUGGGCCCUAUACCUUAUUAGAUAACUUAUUAGCCCACUUAAAUUAAUAUCCAUAGGACCACUAAUUUUUGGGCCUAAAUAUAAGAUAGCAUAUAACAUACAAUUAAACCCGAUAAAUAAUAUAUUGUGAAUAUUACAUGUAGUAUAAGUCCAAUAAUCUAACAAUCUCCCACUUGGACGACAUACACAUGUAUACACAAUCCUUAGAAUUGUAUGUUUACUUUAGGAGCUCCAAAUUUUUGCUAUCAAACUGCAGUCAUCCUUAAUCAAUCCGG